UGUGUGUUCUUUUGAGAACUGUCAUAGAAGGAAAUGAAGAGUUUAGUGGCUCUAUGAGUUUGGAUCUGUUUAUCUGAUGUUGAUCAUGACGCUGUUGUUGGAUUGAACCAAUCAAAACCUCAUAACACACAUGGAGAAUGGCUGAACAUCAGAUCGACGACCCCAAAAUUGCAUUUGCGUAUCUCCGCCCAUCCUGCGUUCUUCUCACCAAACAACCCACGGUUGCUAACGUGAAGACUCUCAGCGGUCACCUCCGCGACGUGAGCGAUGGAGCCCUCCAGCAACUCCAAGACUACAUCUUCUUCCCGCUCAGAUUCGUCCUCAAAACCCCCGGCCCGAAGCGUGAGGCUCUCAUCCAGGCGGUCAUGGAAGCCACGUCCUACGUCCUGGAGAACACUUGCGUUCAGCGUUGGGAAUCUCUGCGGGAUCUGUUCUCUGAGCUGUGCCUUUGUCUCUGUUCCCCAAGAGACCCGGGAAAGCCGGCCGCGACCUCAGAGGAGCUGAAGCUCGCCGUCCUCGGGUGCCUGGACACCCUCCUGCAUUCUGCAUACGGAGAUAUCGUAUUCAAGCUUUAUGAGCCGAGCAUGUUACCUGGACUCGGAGCGGCCGUGUCGUUGCUUCUUGCGAUCGCCGAGCAGGAGAAAGCCAGGGGGGUCCAGACAGCUUCUCUUAAAUGUCUACUGUGUCUGUUUCAGCAGUGCGACUGCACGCAGGAUCACGUUGAGCCGGGACCGAACCAGAGGGGUCUGCUGGGUCGGGCUUUAGCCACGUUUCUGCCCGGCAUCUGUCGUGCCCUGACUCACGUGAUUGGCGGAGACGUCAGACAGGGGCAUGUGGUGACGCUGAAGGCCAUGAGAGUCUGGUACAGAUCGGUAGCCUUGGUGAUGGCUGAUGAACAGAUUGGGAAUGUUGGUGAUGAUGUAUCCGGCGGUAAGUUUGAGGGGGUCGAGGAACUCAUUGUUAAGAGGACUCCAUCCUGGCGCAAGAACACAUCCCAACGCCUUUCAGUGGUCCUACAAAAGAUUAUUUCUUGCACUUCGGCACAUCCCCACUGGAAAGUGAGACUGGAGUUAGUCAAUCUGUCUCACGUCCUCCUCUCGCACUGCAGCCGGUCUUUGGGGGAAUGUGUCGGUCCUCUGUUGGAAGCGUUGGUGGGUGCCGUCAACGAUGAGGAGACAGAAGUUAAAAACAGAUGUGACGUUGUGUUGCGUGAAGUUGCACAGAGAAGCCAAGUCAACGGCGGGCAGGACUUCACUGGCGUCCUCUCCGAGAACCUUCACAGCCUGGUGUCGUCUCUACCUCGUCUCAUGAGAACUACAGACGAUCAACGCAAGCUCUUCACGCUCAACGUGUUUCUUGGUUACCUCCAGAUUCUCGGACCCAAAGUGGAUGCUGUACUCACAUCAGCGGUCCAUCUAGAACGCAUCUCUAAAGCGCUGAUGCAAGUGUUGGAGCUGGAUGUAACGGAUGUGAAGAUCAUCGAGGACAGAACUCUUACUCCUUCCACAGACCUCGGACCUGACGUGCACCGUUUACAGCCGCAGAAGAAAUAUUUUCUCUACUUCACAGAUGAUAAGAUAUUCUCAGCGCUCAGAAAGAUCUGUUGGAUGUUGGGCUACUACGGGAACCUUUACCUUCUCGUCGACCGCUUCAUGGAACUGUACAAGGAGUCUUCUGUUUACAGAAAACAGGCCGCUUUGGUUCUGAACGAGAUCCUCGUGGGUGUGGCGGGCAUCGGCGUGAAGAUGAACGUUUCGGAGCGUUCGAGAUCAAAUCGAGAGGAAAUCAAAUCUUCAGUCGUGUCCGUCAUUGAAGAGUACAUCAGUUUUAAUAACUGGCAUCUUCCCACAGUGUCUCAGGACUUGGAUGAUGAAACUCACGGGACACUUGAGUCUCCAGUUUUUACAAAUCCUGAUAAAAAACGUUUUCAGUUACUUCCAGCCUCCAGAAGUCCCACAAUCCACCAGCUGAACAGCAACAUCUGGCAGAUCUCCAUCCAGCUGGAGGGCAUCGGUGGUUUCGCUUUAGCCCUAGGCCUUGAUUUCCGUCUGCUUCUUAUGACGUCGCUCUACCCCGUGCUGGAGAAAGCUGGCGACGAGUCGCUUCUCAUCAGCCAAUCGGCUUCCAGCGCCAUGUGUGACAUCUGCGAGGCUUGCGGUUACGGUUCGCCCAAAGAUCUGGUGAUUCAAAACUCAGACUACCUUCUGAAUGAUGUUUCUCUGAACCUGGCUCGACCCAACGCUCACCCGCACGCUCCCAGAGUUCUGGCGGUGAUGCUUGCUCAAUCGGACGCGAGUCUGCUGCCUCUGGUGGCUGAUGUGGUGCAGGACGUGUUGACGGCUCUCGAUCUCAGUUAUGAUCAGAAGACGCCGCAGUUCUGUGCUGUGUUGCAUUCACUCAUGAAAGCGCUCGUGAGGUGGUUUCCCAGCAAUACUGGACACCAGAAGCCCAACAGCACAGAGACUCGAGGUGAAGACUGUGUGAACCUGAAGACAUUUCUCUUGAAUUAUAAGAAACAGAAGGAGCUUUCAGAAGGGAUUGGAGUAGAAGAGGAAGAUCCUGAUGAUCUAGAUGUCUCUCCCUCGACAUUAACACCUGAUGAAGACAUGGACGGUCCAGCUGUGAAAGAAGAACGUCCUCUUCACGUUCAGAUUGCAAAAGACGUCAUGGAGCGAUGCGUCCACCUGCUGUCAGACUCCAGUCUGAGAACACGACUCAAGGUGUUGGACAUUCUGGAGUUGUGUGUGUGUGUUUUGUGUGAGAACGAGAACGAGCUUCUUCCCAUGGUGCACCGGUGCUGGCCUGCUCUCCUCCACCGUCUGACCAGCGACGAUCCUCUCGCCAUCCCACAAGCCUUCAGGGUGUUGUGCGUUCUGGGCGAGACGUGUGGAGAUUUCCUCAGGAAGCGGGUGUCUCAGGAGGUCCUGCCCCGGCUCACGUCCAGUCUGGUGAAGCAGGCGGAGAUCAGCGGGCGAUCCGGUCCCGUCCACACACACACACUGGCAUAUAAACUACAGCUGGCUGUGCUGCAGGGUCUCGGACCGCUGUGUGUCAAACUCAACCUCAUGGAGGCCGACAUGGAUCGAAUCACCGAAGCCUGUUUUCCAUACCUGAGCUGCCGACAACCAAUCAAACUGCAGGAGGCGUGUCUUAGUGUUUUCCGGCACCUGAUGGAGUUGGACGCUGAUUCGUGCUGGUUGACUCUGAAUGAGAUCUUCUGUCCUGUAUCAUACGAGCCUCCUCAUCCACACCUGCUGCCCGUGACGCUGAGCGGAUCCCACAAGCCCAGGAACGAAUUCACAGACAACAUCCUGGAAUUACUGCGGGAGUUUGAUCCCCCGCAGGGGAAGACAUGAGAUCAGAGGGAUUCAGAGGACAAAUAACAGUUUCAUGAGCUUUACGUGUGAACCGUGAGGCUGAUCAAACAAAAUGAUGACGUACAUGUAUGAUAGGCACAUGUCUUCCUCACACAGUUUGUGUUCUUUACAAACGGUUUAUCAUGCUAAUGAUCAUUAAUCUACUUGUUUUUUCAGUAACACUUUACAAAAGAUUUCCAUUUAUGAACGUUAGUUCUUCAGCUCACGUGUUCAGCAGCAUUUAUUCAUCUUUGUUAAAUGUUAAUACAGUUGCUCAUAGUUCAUUGUGCAUCAGCUAAUGUUAACAAAUACGCGUUUUGUUUUUUCAAAUGCACAAGUAAAUGUUAAAGUAAAAGAGGAAUAGAUGCUGUGGAAGAAUUGUUCAUUUUUAGUUCGUGUUAAUGUUGCUUUUACAAAAUAAUACAUUCAUAUAAAGAUCUUCUUUGAACAGUGUAAGAAGCUCGGUUAUUUUAUUAGUAUUUUCAUGAUAUAAUGAUUUAUUCCAAAUGACUGAACACACUUUAUGAAGUUACGUGAUGUUUUGGAAGGAACUGCGGUUAUCAUGGUAAGAAAGAGGCUGUGUCUGUGUGUACAAAAUAUAGAUUGUAUGUUCAUGUAUAAUCUGUAUAUUAUUUUUAUAAUAAAAAUAAAUGUUUCUGAAUGUCUUCCGAAGGUUGACCUAUUCUCA